ACAAACAAACGAAAACUAAACGACGUCGUUAAAUAUUAAAAAAAAACGGAAACGAGAUUUACUAGUUUGGAUUUUAAUGGGCUCAACAGGCCCAUACUAAACCAGUAUGGGCUUCUUUCGUGCUGCAACUCAUCCAGAUGAUCUCCGGCGACGAGUACCUUCGCCGGCAAUAAUGCUAAAAUCAAUGGGUAGCCAACGACGAAGAUCGGUGAUAGCUUUGAUUUUCAUCUGCUGCGCCAUUUCUUCUACCUCAUCUGAUCAGGUUGGAACAAAUUAUAGAGAUUCUCAUGAAUUUUUCGAUUCCGAUACAAUCUGUAUCUCUGAUCAAUACAUUAUGGAGUCUUAUUUCACUACAUACACUUCCUUAGACGACUCAGAGUUUCGAAACUUCUUGCUUCUUCAACAAUGUUCUGACAAAGUUCCUACUCAAGAUUCAAACAUUGUUCCUGCAACUUCAUUUAUACAACAUAGAAACAUUACUGGUGAAGGUUCACAUCGUAAUCUCAUCACAUCCAUCAAGCUUCUUCUUCAUCACUCAGAGUCUCAGUUUCGUGAGCUCGUGAUCGUUGAACGGUUGCCUUUGGGUGUUUUUGCUGAUCCUUUUGAGCUUCAGAGUCUUCAACAACGCAGAGCUUUCAGUGACGUAUCUGUGUUUGGUGACACAAAUCUUGAGCUGCCUUCGUUUAGAUCGAACAGAUCCGUCGUUGAGAUUCAUGUUGAAAUCAGCUCUAGAAAUUAUGAAAAUGGUGAAAUAAGCUUUAAGCUUCCUUUACAUGCUCGGUAUCAGCCUCUGGACGACAGUGGAUACUCUAGAGUGGAGUUUGGCGAGCCAGACUUGUUCUUGUGCUCGAGCCAUGUACAAAACCAGCGACGUGAACGGAGGAGAUGUUUGGUUUUGUCGAUUGGCAGAUCGAAGACUGAAACCAGGUCUGUUUUCUGGGAUAUCCCUGCCGGAAUCAGGGGUCAUACAGAGUAUGUUUCCGCCUUGACAUUCGCCGCUGCGGUUUUUUCUGCAUUUUCAAUACUCGUGGCAUCGGUUUUGAGCUCAAAGGGUGAAUCUUGUAAAAACUUGAAGCAGUCAUGACUCUGCUUUUGGUUUCAAACUUCUUUGU